AUGCUUUUGCUGUUUUUAAUUUCUGCGUUAACAUUUGUCACAAGGACAUAUGAAACCACGAAUCAAACAUUGUGUGAUGGUAUUAUUUUUCAACAAGUUUACUACGAUAAGGAAGUACUAGUAACAAAUUUGGGACGGCCAUAUAAUCUCGUUCUGCAUAAAUACACUGGAGAUUUGUUCUUUAGUCACACAAUACAUACUGGAACUCAAGUGGACUUCGGUAUAAUGGCAUGUCAUGUAGAUAGCAAAAAGUGUUACCCAGUCGAUGGUGUGCCAGGUGGAUAUGCGAUUGGCUAUGAUUCAGCAAAAGAUGAUCUUUACUUUGGAGGUCAUAAUGGAAUUUACAAAUACAACUUUGUCACUAAAAAAGCAGAGUUCUUUGCUGAAGAGGGUAAAUCAAUAUGGGGUAUUUUUGUUAAAAGCAAUUUUUACUAUAUUGAAUACCCUACUCAAAGGCUUUACGUUUAUCGUAGAAAAAAAUUUGUUCAAGUGGCCAAAGCGAUCGGCAUUGAAAUUUUAAUUUUUUUUAUUUCAAAAAAAUUGGAAAUAUAUUUUUCUAAUAAAACCGCACUGUAUAAAGUAGAUAAGGUCAGUAAAUUACCUAUAGUAUUAAACGACGAAAUAAUUACACGACAAAUAGUUGAAGAUAAUUAUGGUGACGUAUAUUUUUGUGCCGAUGACGGUAUUUAUAUAGAAGAAAGUCCAUUCCACAGAGUGAAACGAGCAGCUUACAUUAAUCAAGGAUUCGGAAUGACUUUUGAUGAACAUGAACGCAUUAUAUAUUCGGAUAGAAAUAGUAUAUAUAUACUGAACCCAAGCAGUGAUUCAGAGUUUUGUUAUGAUAAACUUUUUUAUAACAGUAAUUAA